CUCAUCUCCACGUCUCCUCGACCGUCAACAUGGCCGCCGUUCUACGAGAAUAUAGGAACAAGUCCGUACGUGCACCACAUGAGGUGCUCAAACUAGGCAGGAAACUGCUCCAGACGCACAGUCCGGGUGCGUUGGGUGAUGACCUAUGGCCCUUACUCGAACAGACCUACCUCGCCGCUCUCGACAUGGGCGACACCGCAUUAGCCGGGGAAUUGUUCUCCCAGCUGGACCAGCGGUUCCCGGGCUCGCAGAGAGUGGAGAUGUUGCAGGGGGUGAGGCUGGAGGCGGAUGGAGAACUGGAUACGGCGAGGAGGCUGUAUGAGGAGAUCUUACAGGGGGAAGAGAGUAAUCUUAUAAUCUGGAAACGCCUCAUAACAGUAUACAAACAACUCAACCAAGUACAAAAAGCGAUCGACAGCCUCACCCAGCUAUUGGACGUGUUCUAUAACGACCUCGAGGGUUGGCUGGAGCUCGCGGCCCUCUAUACGGAGAUAUUCCAGUACGACCACGCUCUACAAGCGCUCUCCCACGCCCUCCUCCUCGCGCCGCAAAACCCCUUCCACGCACUCCAAUUCGCGGAAACCGCGUAUACGGGGGGCGAUAUCCCUCUAGCCCUGUCCCAAUUCCUCCGAGUGACAGAGCUCGUCCCUUCCUCUUCAGGGCAGGGGGUGGGACUGAGAGCGUGGCUGGGGGUCAAACAGUGUAUAAGGAGGAUACAGUAUGCGCCUAAGAAGCUUGAAAGCAAGAGUGGAGCGCCGGGGGUGGAGAGACCGGGGUUGGUGGAUGAGUGCGCGACGGAGAGGGUGUUGGAGGCUUAUGACGGGGAGGGGGUUUGUGUAGAGGGGAAGAAGGCGGUGCGGAGGUGGUUGGGUGCGUAAGCGGGGUUGGGGGUAGGGAUGCUAGAUUCAGACGCAUAUGAUACAGAGUACGGGAUACGGGAUAGAGUACGAAGAGCAGUCGAUACCUGGCUAAUGAGUCUUUCUCCUGCCGCUUAAUUUCGUCCGCCCAGUUUUGGGCUUCUUGACCAUCCGCUCUUGCUCCUCCUCUUCCUCCUCUUCCUCGUUCUCUGCAUCUUCCUUCCCUCUCUUUCCCUUCCCCUCCCCUGCUACUUCCC